CAAAACGCCGAGCAGCGGACAGACGCACCGGUCCCCAUGGGCCGACGUUGAGUAGCCGAAGUGACAUGGAGGGAGUGCCUCAAGGGGCAUCGCCCUCUCACAAGCAAAGCAGUUGGAUUGUGCAAGAGCUGCCAACUGUGGGCUGGGUGGUCAAGACCAUGCCCGGCCAAGGCGACACCGAAGCUCGGGAAGCUCCCGAGGGCGCUGCAGGUUCUCCAGAGCCAAAGACGCAUGCGCAAGACGUGCAGCAUGGAGGAGCUGCAGAGCAGCCAACCGUGAAGCUUCCAGGAGCUGUGGGCGAGGCAUCCAGGUCGCGGGAGCCGACGACUGCCUCGUCUCAGCCGGACGGCAAUCUACGGGAGACCGCGAGGCAGAGUUUUGAAGGCGACAGUCAGGCUUUUGGCAGCCGCUUUGAUGCCUUUGUGGUCUAUGCCAUGGGCCGUGGCUCCGAGGCCAAGCCCAGUGCCACUCGUGCAGCUGCAAUUGGUCGAGCGCUCCAGGCACGAGGCUUGCGGGUUUGCCAGCAAUCAUUUCUUGUGGGCGCAGUGAUGCAGCACAUGUCCAGCAGCGAUGAGGCCCACUUCAUGGCACAGGCAGCACAAAACAGCAACUGCGCUGUGAUUCUCCUCACCCGGCAGUUCAUCGAUCGAGUGGAGACAGGACUCUUUGGUGAUAGUUGUGUGGCCGCAUUCACCUUGGCAAAGUGCUUGCCCAAUGCGGUUGUGGUGGCGCUGGAGCCGGAGCUGGUGAAUCCAGGAGCAUGGGGCUGGAACCAAGUGUUCGCUCGCUUUUCCGGCCGUGCCGUGAUGAACCUUUCCAUGGAGGAGCCCAAUCCUGCCUGGGAGGAUGCAGUAGAUCGACUCGCUUGGCUGCUGAAUCCGCACCUUGAAGUUUCCAGGCCAUUGGUUGGCCCUGCUAGCAGUGGGCCGCUGUCCUUGCAUGAAAAUUGCCCGCAAGAUGAGGAAGGUGGCGAAGGUCCAUCCUACGAUUGCUUCAUCUCGCACAACUGGGGGAAGGAUACCCAAGGCAGGGACAAUCACCAAAGAGUGAUGCAGAUCGCUGCCACUUUGGAGAAGCACGGGAUUCAGGUCUUCCUUCAGGACAGAGAGGCACAUCGCUACAGCAGCACUGAUGAGGCCAUGAUCGAUGGCAUGCGCCGCUCUGCGGUUGCCCUGAUUUUUGUCACAAGGAGAUAUAUUGAAAAGAUCGAAGAAGGGCGAGUCGACGAUGAUUGUGUGGCUCAGUUCAAUUUGGCGAAGCGAGCUCCAGCGAUUCUUCCAGUGGUCUUAGAGCCGGAGAUGACAAAGAUCAGCAAGUGGGGUUGGAAUAGAGUGUAUGCUCAUCUUUCUAACAAAAUGCUAGUCGAUUUGUCUCGUGGUGAUGUGGUGGGAUUUCCUGCCGUCUUAUGGAGUGCAAAAGCACAGCGUAUGCAAUGCGCCAUUGAUCUCUUGGAGCUUCGCAUCCUUCAAGAGACCUACAGGCUCCAUCCCAAACGGGUGCAAUCCAAUCCAGCCCUUUCAGUGCCACACAAGGACGUGGUCCUAAUCGUGGCGGUUUGCUUCGCAGCUGCUGCUCUAUCGCAUACUAUUGUUGCUUGCGGUCAAACUGUCCUAGAUGGGAACCUCAACAGCCUCCUGCGCGUUGUGGGCAUUGUGUCUGGCCUAUUUUGGAUUGCUGGUUUCCUGCUUCACGGGAUUUGGCUGGUCAUGAAGGCACGUUUGCCACCAGACUUCGAGGUGCAUGCUGGAAUGAUUCAGCCUGUAGGGCUGUUCGCCAGCAUUGUGCGGGCAUUUGCUUGGAUCCUCAUCGUACUUCUGCAUGUCGUACGAUUGUCUGGUGUCGAGGAACUCACCCCUGCACAACUCAGCCUUUCCAACAGCACUGCACAGGACUUCCCUGGCGACUUCUCUUGGGCAAGCAUUUGGGGUGCUCACCUAUUCACUGCUGGAUGUAUAGUGUGUUGCUUGGAUGCCAUCAUCUCCUUUGGCAACGCAGGCACUUUCCAGGCUGGGUGGAGAUCAGUGAGCAACCUAGCAGGACUUGCAUGGGUCUUCAUGGCCGCAGGGGCUGCCUUCAUUUCAAUAUCAGCACAGCUGGAGCAGGAUGCGGAUGUUGAGGUGACCUCUUUUCAGUUCCCUGGAAUGCUGUUUCUGUUGCUGGCUUCAUUUGCCUACUUGCUGUGGCUCUUCAUGCACCCAGCGCAGCUUAGGCGGCACUUUCAGAAAUUGGCCGCCUCUGAAGGUGCAGCAGCUCUUGACGGCGCGUUGAGACCUUUUGCCGACGUUUUGGGCUUUUGAGAUGAUCCCUUCAGGUCGAGGGUCAGGCUUGGACAAGGCAGGUGGACAAACGCUGUGAAACUCAGAAGCUGUGUUUGAAGGUGCCACGGCUUCAAACUGAUUAACCGCAAAACCUGAGAGGCCAUGGUAUCAUGGCCAGAACGCACCAAGGCGCUGGAUUUUUCCCGCCUUCAUGUUGCCAUGCCAUCAUGCCAUUAUGCCAUCAUGCCGUGCAUUUUCAUGUUACCUUCGGUCAUUUUUCGUUUGGAGACUCAGAGCCCACUCCAUGACCAGCUCAGGAGCCUGAGAUGGUUCACCAGACCGCCUCGGACCCGCUUCCCGUCGAAACUCGGCCACCGCUUCCCGGCGAGGAGGCUGAACCCGCUACCGCCCCGAGGGCGGAAAGCCCGGUGGCAGUGGCGCCACAGGAAGCUCCGGAAGCUGGGCAGGAUGAACUUCGCUGAUGUUUCUGGUACGUGAUUGGAAAGCUGAGAUCUUCAAGCUUCAAUCAUGUUUAUGUUCAUUGUUGGGGGACAAGAAACCGCCUGCAUUUUGUGUAAACACCUUCAGUAGAAGAAUUCGUUCGCUGUUCGUUGUUUUUUUUGCACAGAGCCGCUCAAUCCCCGUUUCACUGGUGUCACCCUCCCUGAGGGAAUCUUUUCCCUGAAAAAUGGGAGCCAGAGAACGACGUCUUGUCUCCGGAGCGCAUGCUGUUUCUAUCCAAGCUGUUUCCGCCACAAAACAGCUACAACAUACCAAACAUUU